AUGGCAACCACCGAGCAGUGGUUGAAGCUCCUCCAAGAUGCGAAGAAAACUGCGAUUAUCCAGGAUGGCAAAAGAAAGGUGCAUUUCCUGAUGACAGAUGGUCGUGAAAUGGUUGAAGAAUACAGUGUAGACACAAACGUUCUAGUAAAAAGGGCUUGGAAAGAAAAAGGUAAGCUAGGACAAGAAAUUGGUUGGGUAGUUGAAGUAGGUGAUCCAGAGCCCAAUCCUGCAGAUAAUCUUGAAUCUCCCAUAAUUUCAAGAAGGACCACCAAGACUGCUUUAGAAUGGAGGAUAAGGAAUUUAUCAUAUCCAAAAGAUGUGUACUCAGUUACUGCAGAAGAUGAUGGAACUAUCACCGUGCGAACUAGUAAUAAGAAGUAUUUUAAGAAAAUAAAUGUACCUGAUUUAGAGCGAGCAGGGUUAAAACCAGAACAAGACAGGAUAUCUUUCACACACCAAUUCAAUACUUUGAUUAUCACGUACAAAAAGCCUCCAAAACUACUUGAUAUGGAGAAGAAAGUAUAUGAAAUGGUUUCGCAAUUAAAAGUAUCAAAAGAUGGAGAUGUUCAAUGUCCAGCAAGCUAA